UCUCUAGAGAUCGUUGGGUCCAUGGUGGCGGCACGAAGCGUCUUUUUGAGCGGAGGUUAUGCUUCUGUAACUUAAAAAAAAAUACAUAAAUAAACGUUCAUGUAGUCGCCAAAUGCAUAUACUUUUACUAUUUCAUUGAGUUAUUUUUGUAGAAGAGUUACGGUAUUUUCAAAGCAGCAAAAUGUCAGGCGGCAUGCUUUAUGGGGGUGACGAGAUUGGAGCUUUAGUGUUUGACUUGGGUCAUCAUUCUCUGAGGGUCGGUUAUGCUCAAGAGGAUACGCCUAAAGCUGAGAUUCCAGCUGUCGUAGGAAUUGGAGAAGAUGGGAAUUCCACAGCUACGAAAGUAGAACCGAUGGACAUUGAUGAUAAGAAACCUGACAACAACAUAACGCAAUCAGGGACCAAGUAUUAUAUUGAUACCACUAUACUUCAUGUUCCAAGGAAAAAUAUGGAAGUUGUAAGUUACAUGAAGGAUGGGAUGAUAGAAGACUGGGAUUAUUUUGAAAAGGUUUUAGAUUAUACUUACUCUAAAGUCAUCCAGUCAGAUGCAGAAUAUCAUCCAGUGCUUUUCUCUGAAUCCCCAUGGAAUGUGCGCAGCAAAAGAGAAAAAUUGACUGAAUUGAUGUUUGAGAAGUACAAUGUGCCGGCUUAUUUCCUUGUUAAGAAUGCAGUACUUGCUGCUUUUGCAAAUGGUAGAGCGACCGGCAUUGUGGUUGACAGUGGAGCUACACAUACUUCUGCUGUACCAGUUCAAGACGGUUUUGUAUUGACACAAGCGAUAGUGAAAUCUCCGCUUGGAGGAGACUACAUAAGUAUGCAGUGCAGACAAUUUUUACAGGACAAUGAUAUUGACUUAUCCCCUUCUUAUAUGGUGGGUAGUAAAGAAGUAGUUAAAGAUCAUGAAAAACCAAGAUGGGUAAAAAAGAAAGGAUUGCCGGAGGUCACUAAAACUUGGCACAAUUACAUGGUCAAGAAACUUAUCCAAGAUUUUCAAGCUACGGUUCUGCAAGUGUCGGAAACACCGUACGAUGAAAAGAUCGUCUCCACGAUCCCUGCGGUUCAAUAUGAAUUUCCAACUGGAUAUCACCAGGACUUCGGAAGUGAACGGUUUCGCAUACCCGAAGCACUCUUUGAUCCCAGUAUGGUGCAAAUGCGCGGUGGCAUGGUUGGAAACACUAUGUUAGGAGUCGGUCACAUUGUUACAACCAGCGUAGGCAUGUGCGACGUUGACGUAAGACCAGCACUUUACGGUAGCGUCGUUGUGACUGGUGGGAAUUCGUUCAUUCAGGGCUUUCCGGAGCGUUUGAACCGAGACCUUUCUAUGAGAAUUCCAUCCAGUAUGAGACUGAAAUUGAUCAGCGUAAACGGAUGCGCUGAACGACGAUUCGGGGCUUGGAUCGGUGGAUCGAUUUUAGCUUCGAUUGGUACCUUCCAGCAGAUGUGGAUAUCGAGUCAAGAGUACGAAGAGAGCGGCAAGAGCCAAGUAGAACGAAAAUGUCCUUAAAUAAACAUCGAUAAGUCACUUUUGUUUGUCUUUUCCUAAUAUAAUCUAAUGCUUGUACAAAUAUCCCUUAAAGUAAUUUCCUAUGUGGACGAGGCGCUGACACUUGAUAAUAAUUAAGUCUGAUACACGCAAUCACGAAAGAUUUUUUUAUCUUUUCUUCUUUCAUAAUUUUAAUUAAAGUGUGUUCCGAACAUUGACCUAAGAGACGGAUAAGUAUAUAUUUUACUUAUGCGCCGUAUUAUAUAACAACUUGUAAAAUACGCAGUCGGACGCGAUUGAAAGUUCUAUUUAUUAUGAAUGCACCAUACGAAUGCAAUAAAAUUUUGUAAGAAAUACUGUAUAAAGAAUUGUACGAAGAUUUUUAUAAAAACUUACAGUAAAGGGCUGUGUCUUCGAAAUUUUA